AUGAGGGAUCCUAACUCUAAGAAAUCGAGGGGUUUUGGUUUUAUCACUUACAAGACAGUAGACCAGGUUGAUGAGGCCCAAGCUCAUCGGCCACACCGAAUUGAUAACAAGGAGGUAGAGACAAAACGAGCCAUGCCCCGAAAUGAAGUAGAAUCGCAGCCUACAGUGAAGAAGCUUUUUGUUGGUGGAAUCAAAGAAGAGGUGACAGAAGAUGAUCUACGUGAGCUCUUCUCCCCCUAUGGUGAGGUCAAAUCAGUGGACAUGGUCAUCGACAAAAACACUCAAAAGAAGAAAGGUUUCUGCUUUGUUACAUUUGAAGAUUAUGACACUGUGGACAAACUUGUGCUCACAAAGUUCUUUGAAUCAAAAGGCAAGAAGAUUGAGGUGAAAAAAGCACUCUCCAGAGAAGAAAUGAACAAAGUGCGCAGUGGAGGAGGCCCUGGCAUGGGCCCACCAGGUGUAGGGAUUGGAGGUGGGGGUCCAGUGGGCUAUGGCAUGGGUGGAGACAGCAUGAUGCGUGGAGGUGGUGUUGGUGGUCGUGGUGGCCGAGGGGGCAUGCUUAUGGGUCGUGGUAGAGACUGGGGACCACCUGGCAGUUACUGUGGCAAUGCCUCUCUUUACUCUCCAAUAACCAUUAAUUAUGCCAAUCAACUAAUCCUUCUCUUCAUUACUGAAUACAUUUAA